CGCCGCUGCCCGCGGGGCGGGCGGCCCCGGGCCGUGGCGGCCGCCGCCCCGAUGAGCGGAUGAGGAGCGGGCGCGGCGGCCGGCGGUGCCUGGGCGGGGAACCGGGUGCGUGCGCCAUGAACCCCGAGCUGGCGAUGGAGCCGCUGGGCAGCCUGCACGGGGCGGCGGGGCACGAACCGGAGAUGAUGGGCAGCCCCAGCCCUCACCACGGCGGCCGCAGCGCGGGGCCGCUCCGGGUGCCGCCCCCCCCGCCGCCGCCGCCGCCGCCGCCGCCGCCGCACCAGGAGCUGCCCCCCGCCGCCCGGCCCGCCAUGGUGCCCAGCAUGGCCUCGCUGCUGGACGGCGCCGCCGAGUACCGGCCCGAGCUCUCCAUCCCGCUGCACCACGCCAUGAGCGUGCCCUGCGAGGCCUCGCCGCCCGGCAUGGGCAUGAGCGGCACCUACACCACGCUGACGCCGCUCCAGCCCCUGCCGCCCAUCUCCGCCGUCUCCGACAAGUUCCACCACCCGCACGCCCACCCGCACGCCCACCACCACCACCACCACCAGCGCCUGCCGGGCAGCGCCGGCGGCGGCUUCGCGCUCAUGCGGGACGAGCGCGGGCUGCCGGCCGUCAACAGCCUCUACGGGCCCUACAAGGAGGUGCCGGCCGUGGGGCAGAGCCUCUCGCCGCUGGGCAACGGGCUGGGCCCGCUCCCUGGCUCCCAGCAGGGCCUGCACGGCUACGGGCCGCCUGGCCACGACAAGAUGCUGAGCCCCAACUUCGAGGCGCACGCGGCGAUGCUGGCGCGGGGGGAGCAGCACCUGCCCCGGGGGCUGGGGACGCCCCCGGCCAUGCUGCCGCCCCUGAACGGCGCGCACCACCCCGCGCCCCCCGGGCCGCCGCCGCCGCACGGCCCCGCGCUGCCCGCCGGCCGGGAGCGGCCGCCCCCCGCCGCCGGCCCGCAGGGGAGCGGCGCGGGGCAGCUGGAGGAGAUCAACACCAAGGAGGUGGCACAAAGGAUCACGGCGGAGCUGAAGCGCUACAGCAUCCCGCAGGCCAUCUUCGCCCAACGAGUGCUGUGCCGCUCCCAGGGGACCCUCUCGGACUUGCUGCGGAACCCCAAGCCUUGGAGUAAACUCAAGUCCGGCCGGGAGACGUUCCGCAGGAUGUGGAAGUGGCUGCAGGAGCCGGAGUUCCAGAGGAUGUCUGCCCUGCGGCUGGCAGCCUGCAAGCGCAAAGAGCAAGAGCCCAACAAAGAGCGGAACAACUCCCAGAAGAAAUCCCGCCUGGUUUUCACGGACCUCCAGCGCCGAACGCUUUUCGCCAUCUUCAAGGAGAACAAGCGUCCCUCCAAAGAAAUGCAGAUCACCAUCUCCCAGCAGCUGGGCCUGGAGCUCACCACCGUCAGCAACUUCUUCAUGAACGCGCGCCGGCGCAGCCUGGAGAAGUGGCAGGACGACCUGAGCUCCGGGGGCUCCUCCGCGGCCCCCAGCACCUGCACCAAGGCGUGAGGGGCGCGGCGCGGCGGGCACAGCGCGGAGAGCAGCGCGGAGAGCAGCGCGGCCCCGCGCCGGCGACCAAAGCACAAUCCCCGCAACCGAGCCCAGCCCAGCCGGCCCCACUCCCGCGGCUUCUCUCAGUCUCAGCAGGCGCAGGCUCCACUUUAACCUCUCUCCACACAAUGCUAUGCUCAGGACAGGCGAAGCAGGUCUGAAACGCAGGGGAGUCGUUCUUGAGGCAGGUUUCUCCUGAGCCCCGGGUUCCCUGGCGUGCCCGGCGCCUGCCUGUGCUGGCCACACCACCCUGCGGCCGCACGACAACGGAGCACAAAGUCGGAUACUAAAAACCCAAGACCCUGUUUUUAAACUCAGGCAUGGUUUUUUGUUAAGUGUUUUAGGGAAAGAUCAGAUUUGAGGUUUUUUUUUUGGUCGGUUUUUUAGUUUGAUUGAAUCAGCUUGUUCUUGGAUCAGAAAAGUUCAGUUCUCUUGAGCUCGAAGCAUCAAGCACAAAGCCGGUAGCUCCAGCCAGGGCCCGGCGCUGGGCUGCCCAGGGCGGCUGUGCCAGCUGCAGCCUGACAUCCCGGGAACACCGCACGAGCCUCCAGCACAGCUGGCAGUUCCUCACAAGCUCUGUGCUUGUACCUAAUGCACACUCAGGAGGUCGAUGGAACUGCUACAGUUCACGGAGCAAACACUAUGUUUUGGAACUUAGAUUAAUUUACAUUGUUACAUCCUUUUUAGUUUCUGAGAAUCUGGUUUCUCCUCGGCAGCAGCUGUUACCAAAACCUUUUCAGCGUUCAGUGCAUUUUUGUUCAUUUUAUCAGUAUUUUAUGGUACUUUCAAGCAGGAAAAGAAACAGAAACAAGCCCUUCAGACGCCACUGACCGUUUCAGAUGUGCCGCGUUUAGCUCUAUCGCAUCCCUAAGUUCCUUUUCCCUGCCAGCUCGCCGAGCCGGCAGGAACACAGCACACCAAAGAGACAGGAUUUCUGCAAGCCAAAGAUGUUUAUACCUUGCCAUUUGUCCUUGUGGCCGCUGGUGCGGGUGGCUGGCCGGCGAGCCCCAGGCCCUCUCUGCCGCCCUGGCGGCGGCCGCCGGCUGCUGACCGGCCUGGGCUCCGCCACAGACACUUGAGACUUUUUUAUGUACUACUUAAUCGAAACCAAAGAAACGUUUUCUGCACCUACUUCUUCUGCAACAAACUGUUCCAUUGAAAGAUAAAAUAAAAAUUAAAAAAAAAAAAAAAAAAAAAAACCAAGGAAGCAUGUCAGGAAGCAAACGAGUCCCACACUGUGUUCUACAAACAUCUCGGACGUUUUCGGAAGCAGAUCUCAAAGAAAGGGUUGACAAGAAUGAGAACAAAGCAAAGCCAGUACAAUUGCUGCUUCAUUUGACAACUCAAGUCCUCUUAAAGUCGAAGAUUGUCUUUAAUUUGUGCCUAUGCAGUUUUUUCAAAAGAACAAGGAACAGAGCAACCAAAACCUCAACAGCUACAAUACCAAAGAUGAGGAUUCUCACUACUUGUGUUUCAGUUUGUUUCUCCUCUUGCACGACUAAUGCACAUAACCCCACUGAUCUCUGGACAGGUAACCACUCGUGAGUCUCUGUGCAGCCAGAAGGGUGGGUUCAUUUAUGUUUUCCCUCUUUCUGCCCCACAUGGCACCUCUCUGAGAGCUGCAUGGACUCCAAGUGAGGAUGUUGGGAUACUCCCCUGGUGCAUCUCCUCCCUGCAGGGAACAUUGGGGGUUGGCUGUGACCUGUGUGUGUGUCUGGAGCCGUGGACAGCCACCCUCCUGCGUGUGACAUCGGUCCUGUGACCUCCACCCUUCCUUCUCCUCCCCAGGGAUAAAACUUGCAAUAUGUGUGUUCCCAUCUCUGUCACUGUGAGUGCUGAGCAGCGCCACAGCCUGGCUCCAAACCUCCCCCUGAACCAAAACCAGUAUUCAGCAGUUCCUGGGGCACUUCAGCAGCUGCUGCUGACGUGUUAGCCUGGUAAUGUUCUUUGAUCCAGGCCAUGAUGAUCCAGAUCAUGACAUGUCCAAAUCUAUCCUCAGAGCUGGAGCGCAUCUUGCUCCUCUCUGCCCUUAAACAAGGGCUUCAUUUUAACUGCUUCACGCAACUGCUGCUGUCACUUUCCAAUUAAAAUAGAAAAAAAAUCAAGAAGCUGUGUCUGCUCAGGACAGGAAAAGUUUCUGGAGAGCAGAUUCAGGAUCCUCACAGCUAAAUUGACAGCACGUGCCUGCCCUGGGGAUCAAAGGGUCCUUUGGCAGAUUCCAAGGAGAUUUGGAGAAUCCUUGUAGCCAAACAUGGAAUAGAGUUGCCCAAAAAUGGUCCCAGUCUGUGUGGAUGUAUCCUGAGGUCUUCUCACCCGCAUGCCAGAUGUUUGAGCGCAGAGUUUGGAGCCAGCAGGCUGUGGAGCAGGGCCCAGCUGAAGUUUCACUUUCAUUCCCACCUGAGUGUCCAUCAGACCAGCCCCGGGUGCAUUUUGAGCUGGGCAUUGCCCUCAGGGGAGCUGUCUCGUGCUGAUGUGUCCCCUGCAGUCUGCAGUGACAGGGGACGAAUGGCACAGGACCAGUGAAAACCUCAGUGCUUCCCCUUCCUGCAGUGAGAGGGCAGGGAGGGGCAUGGUAUCGCACAGGGAAUGAGCCCAGGCACCUCUGAGCGCGUGGGACAGCCCACUGAGGGACACUGCCCUGAGGGACACUCCCUGAGGGACACUGCCCUGAGGGACACCUCAGUGAGGGACACUGC